CACUGCGAUUUACGGAGCGCCCCCUGAACGCAGCACAGUUCAAGAUGGUGAAAUACGGACUCCAGUUCAAAGCCACCCUGGAGAACAUAACCAACGUGAGGCCAGUGGGUGACGACUUCCGCUGGUUUCUGAAGCUGAAGUGUGGCAACUGUGGUGAGAUCCCGGAUAAAUGGCAGUAUGUCACCCAGGCGGAGAGCACGCCACUGAAAGGAGGGAGGGGAAGUGCCAGCAUGGUGCAGAAGUGUAAACUUUGCUCCAGGGAAAACUCAAUUGAUAUUCUGGGGGACACGAUCACGCCUUAUAAUGCCGAGGACAGCGACACCUUCAAGACCAUGGUGCAGUUUGAGUGCCGAGGUCUGGAGCCUGUGGACUUCCAGCCCCAGGCUGGCUUUGCUGCAGAGGGAGCAGAGUCUGCAACAUCCUUCCCUGAAGUAACACUUCUGGAAAAAGAUUGGACGGAUUAUGACGAGAAAGUCCACGAGUCGGUGGGAAUAUAUGAAGUCACACACCAGUUCAUCAAGUGUUGAUGUCUUCUGAUGGGGUGAAUGAACUGUUAGCAAACUUCUUUCCACCUUGGAUGGAGACUUCACAUCACACCACUCACUUGCCUUAUCCAUAAUUGCCUUUAUAUACAUAUAUAUAUAUAUAAUUUGUGUGUGUGUAUAUAUAUAUACAUACACACACACACAUUUAUGUGUAUAUAAAUGCAUACACUAUAUAUAUAUAUACACACCUUUAUAUGUAUACUUAUAUAUAAUUUGUGUGUGUAUAUAUAUAUAUCCACACACACACACACACACAUAUAUAUAUAAUGUGUACAUAUACAUACACGCACAUAUAUAUACAUAUAUACACACACACACCUAUAUGUAUGUGUAUAUAUAUACACACACAUAUAGGUGUGUGUGUGUAUAUAUAUAUAUAUCCAUACACAC